CCAUUGCAAAGUUACGUCGUCAGUUCAAUCGCGACGUGUCAGGAACGCAUUCUCUGAAUGGCCGAACUAUAUAAGGCUAAAUUUUGUGAAUGUAUGUUUUAUGUGUAUGUUUGUUACUACUUCAAGCUUAAAAGGCUGAACGGAUUUUCAUGAAAAUUGACAGUAAUAUAGCUUAUAAAUUACACUGAAGCGGGGGAUGAAGCAUUAUUUUUGUUUCAUCCUGAUACCGCGUGUAAUAUAAUGACCAUAUAUUAUUUGAAUGUUUAUUCAGUUAUCAUGUUAUAAAUCUAAUAUAUAAAUACAUAUAUUUAAAUACGGUCAGGCGGUAAGUGUGAGGGUCACUCGCGUGCUCCUUAGCGUAGGAACAACCGGUUCUGUAACCUUCCGUCCGACGCGCUAACAUCUAGCUAUUUACUUUUUGUUGAUUAACACCAAAAAGUAAAAUAACAAACUAAACGAAUAAAAUGAACUUUUAUCAUUUACUGGAAAGGUUUGACAUUUAUAUAGAUACAAACUUAUACAGUACCUACCAAAACCGUGGUUAUAAAAUCUUCUAUGUAGGUAUAGCGAUAGCAACAAUCGCGUUGACUACUGUCUGUAGUGGUAAAGUGACACCAGCGGAGCAAUGUCCAGGGGAGUCGUUUGAAGGCUUGCAGGACAGGAUCCAAGUGAAACCGUGCGGCAAAACACGUUGCAAGCUGGUGAAGAACACGAAUAUAACCGUCAUAUUUAAAUUCUCUGCAGAGGAAGAAGUCAAAACUCUGACGAACGAAGUGUCGGCGUUAGUCGCAGGUUUGCCGAUUCCGUUCUUCAGAGUGGACGGUAGUGACGCGUGUGGUGACGUGCAGCGUGCCGUCACGGGCGAGAAGGCGAGCUGCCCGCUGCCCGCCGGCCACGACUAUGUGUACACCAACGUGUUCCCCGUGCUUCCUAUCUACCCCACGCUCAGCACCAGGGUGCACUGGAGCCUGAGAGACGGUAACAAAAGACUGAUAUGCUUCGAGGUACCGGCGGUCAUUACGGAGGGCAAACAUUAAUUGAAACCCUAACUAGUAAAAGCACCUUGCUUGCUACAAUUUUAUUGGCAUUUUAUGAAGUGUUCACCACCAGGUACGCUCUCCUAACAGUAUCUAUUAACUAAAACAUGUAGAAGUUUCUUACAAAAACCUUGAUUUAGCGUUGAAGGAGUAUGCAUAUUGUAAAUAUUGAAUUAAACACAUUUUUAUAUUACUAAUCUUAAUUAUCUAAUUGCAAUAAUAAAAACAAAGUAAAAACGUC